AUGCGCCCGAUCCUGCUCAAGGGCCACUCCCGGUCGCUGACCAUGAUCAAGUACAACCGCGAGGGCGACCUGCUCUUCUCGUGCGCCAAGGACCACACGCCCAACCUCUGGUACAGCGACACGGGCGAGCGCAUCGGCACGUACGUGGGCCACUCGGGCGCCGUGUGGGCCUGCGACGUGAGCUACCACUCGGAGCGCCUGCUGACGGCCGCGGCCGACGCGUCGGUCAAGCUCUGGGACGUGCAGACGGGCGAGGAGCUCUUCUCGUUCCAGCACACGGGCCCGGCCCGCAGCGUCAACUUCGCCACGGGCGACAAGAAGUUCGUGUCGGUGGCCGACAAGUUCUCGGACCGGCCCGCGGCCGUGUUCGUGUACGAGCUGGCGGCCGACCUGGCCCAGCAGAGCGCCGAGCCCGUGCUGACCAUCGCCAACCACGGCCACGAGGGCCGCAUCACGGGCGCCUACUGGACGCCGCUCAACGAGGCCAUCAUGACCACGGGCGGCGACGGCUGCAUCAAGCUCUUCGACCCGCAGACGGGCGAGCUGCUGGAGAGCCACGACAUCCACACGGGCGAGAUCACGAACGUGGCGUUCAACAAGACCAAGACGCUGGCCAUCACGUCGUCCAAGGACAACACGGCCAAGCUGCUGGACGUCGAGACCAUGAAGGUGCUCAAGGUGUACGAGACGGACCGCCCCGUCAACUCGGCCGCCAUAUCCCCCAUCAAGGAGCACGUCGUGCUGGGCGGUGGCCAGGAGGCCAUGAGCGUCACCACCACGUCGGGCCGCGUCGGCAAGUUCGAGGCCCGCUUCUUCCACAUGGUCUUCCAGGAGGAGUUCGGCCGCGUCAAGGGCCACUUCGGCCCCAUCAACACCAUCGCCUUCCACCCCAACGGCAAGAGCUACGCGUCCGGCGCCGAGGACGGUUAUGUGCGACUCCACCACUUCGACAACGACUACCUCAAGCUCGAUGCUAAGAAGUAAGAGGCCGGCUAGUGGACGAGUGCGGCGAGAAUGAAGCAGGCAGACAGACAGCAGUACAGGUGGACGACAUCGCGGACAGGUUGGACAAGAGUGUUUUUUGGGCUUUUAACGCCUUAGCUUCGGACGAGGUCAAGGCAGAUUUGUGUUGUCGGGCUGCUCGCUGGCUUGCCCGAGUCGUCG